AUGCGCCUGGCAAUCCUGGUAGCUGACGUGAACCCGAAUGAACUGAAUCAUGAGCAAGUAUUUGAGUCUCUGAAAAAGGCAAACCUUUCCAUGGUUGAGUGUGCAGAGUUGACCGCGGCUACACUGCAGGACGUUCCAACUGAGACAGCAGCAUACGUCAAAUUUGCUUGCCAGCGCAACUGGACAGAGGCUGAAGAUGUGCGGCUACAGAAAGUGUACGACGCAGCGGAUUUCAUCCUAAACCUUGGCAGACCGGGCCCAGGAGAAGAAGGCGAAACGCGAGCGCACGACCGGGCAAAUAUGACUGCAUUCGAUUCCUCUUUCAAGUUCUUUUUCACUCGGCCCGAGAGAUUUGCUCUGCGGCCUGAUCAUGUCGCCACCACUGCGGUCAUUGGGGAACUAGGCAACGAGCUAGGAAUGGGCCGUUUAAUCAACUGUGUCAAGGAAAACGUCGAGUACGGAGAAGAUAUAGGAUGCAAUGUCCCAGCGGACUUGACUUUGGUUGCGACGACAGCGAACUGGGGAGCAUGGGGCCUCUCUGCCAUGUUGACCCUCCUGUCAACCGCCGCGGGCGAGAAAACGUCCGCUGAGAGCCUACUGCCGGAUGUAUUGUCACAGAAGCUAAUUCUGAAGACGCUUGUCGAAGAAGGAGCUCGCUGCGGUCUUACGUGGACAAGAGAUGAGAUCAUUGACAGGUUCGAGUCCGAGGAGAACUGGAAGUUCUUGAACGAACUGCGGCAGUUGACAUUUUCGUUCCUCAAAUCUAUCCAAGGCCAAAACUCGGCGACGGGUCACCGUUCCCACGGAGAACGUGUGGGCUACUGA